UUUGUUGACAUUUUUUUUUUUUUCCAUCAGCUGACUGCCACAAGUAAGCUGACCGGUUUAUGGACAACUCAGCACACACAAACCCUCAUCAUGGCAUUAUUCUACCAACACUGCCUUCUAGCUCUCACAAACAACAAACAGUUCACACAUUUUUAGAGACACAUCUCAAUGAGGGUUAUUUUAUAACCGAGCGUCACUCGAGAGACAGCUAAGCUCACGUAACGUCGGCUAGCUUCAGUUAGCCUGCCGUGCUAACUACAAGCUAACAAGCUAAACAAGCCGAUGAGAAACCAUGGAGGGGAUUCUUUACAAAUGGACGAAUUACAUGACAGGUUGGCAGCCACGCUGGUUCGUCUUAGAGAAUGGGGUCAUCUCGUACUAUGACUGCGAGGAUGAUGUUGGCAAAGGAAGCAAAGGAUCAAUCAAGAUGUCUGUGUGUGACAUUAAAGUUCAUCCAUCAGAUCCAACCCGUCUGGAGUUGAUAAUCCCCGGCGAACAGCACUUCUAUGUCCGAGCUGUGAACGCUGCAGAGAGACAGAGGUGGCUGGUGGCUUUAGGCUCGUCCAAAGCUGGAACACUGGAGAGCCACAAACACAAAGGUCCAGACUGUCUAAAGACAAAGAUGUCUGAACUUCGUCUGUACUGUGACCUCCUGGUCCAGCAGGUCCAAACCAUUCAAUCACAACAUACAACAGAUACAGAGGCCCCGCCCACCUCGGAGGCAUCUCUCCUCAGUGCAACCUGUGCAACUUUCAUCAGGACUCUGGAGGAGUGUAUGACACUGGCUAACCAGAGUUUGACCCCUGAACUCCGACCUCCUGAAAGGAUGAAGAGGUCAAUCAGUCACCCUGGAACGUACAGCUUUGACAGGUCAGGUGUGCUGAAGGAGUACUUGAGUGGAGGUCAGAGGUCAACUCAGCGCAGGAACCGGACGUGCUCCGACAGCUCUGUUUAUGAUUCUGAACGUGUACUUCCUGGUCUCAAUGGGGACUCGUCCUCCAUUCCUGAAGAGAGAGGAGGAGGAGGCAGUGUGAGUCCAAAGACCACGCCCACUGACACAGACACUGACCUUUCAAUCUGAAGACCCGUUGUCCAUCCAGACCUACUGAACUCUGUGAAUACAGAACAUCAAAGGAUCAAUAUCAGUGGCAGUGCCUGCAUCCAGUUGAGAUAUUGACAAUGUCUUCAUUCAACCGAGGAUGAGUUCACCUCCUCUUGGAUCGUCCAUUCUUGUCCUUUUUAUCUGAAGUCAGCCGAUUGCCAAACAUGAGCACUUUGGAGUCAUGUGUGUUUUUUUGUUUUUCUUUAGUCUGAAGACACUGGAGAGAUGGAUAUGACUGCAGUAAAGAAAGAUCUGUGAGUGUUAAGUUUAUCAUACUUUAACCCCACUGAGGAGACAGUGCCAAUGUCAUCCUCUCAUAAGUCAACAGGUAGUAACAUUCACACUGUGGACACACACCUGGAGACAAUGUCUGCCAAAUGAGGACUGUGAUUGUAGAAGGCAGCUCUGUGGAUAUGAAUAUGACUUACUGUGAAUCCUCUGGACAGUUUAGAUGCAAGAGUUGGUUGUUCACUGUUUUCUGAAAAUGCUGAGAAAGUUUUAAUCGUGGAGGUUUUUGUGGCCAACACUGAUGAAGUUAAAAACGCUUCAAGUUAUAAAACAAAAAAGUAUCUUCCCAUGCAGUAUUUUUAAGCCUUUUCCAAUCGGUCAGCAUCUUAUUUUGUUGUUGAAAUGUCCGAGCAUCUUUCACACUCUUCUUCCAGGCUUCCAUAAUAAUGCUUACCUGCUGAAAGCAAGGGUUAAAAAAAACAUCUUUGUCCCUCUUCCGGCCUGUCGGCUUCUAGUAUUUGGCGGUGUCAGCAGCGAGGAAGAAAAAAUUAUAGUGUAGCCCAGGAUGACUCUGGAAUCAAAUUGCAUAUUUGCUGGUACAGAGUAAGAAAUACUUUAUUUAUCCCCAGGCCGGGGGGGGCGGGGGCAUUUCUGUGAAUAAGACAUAAUGGAAAAUAAGAAAAAAAAAAAGGAGCAGGAGCAACUGUAGCAGGCUGCGUGCACAGUCGGCAAAUGAGCACAUGAGGCCAGUUAUCUCACACACACUCACACACACACACACACACACACACACACAGAGAGAGAGAGAGCUAAGGCGCUUGGGUUUUGAGAUGCCAAAGUUUGCACAAAUGUAAUGAUCUACAUGAAAUGUGCCGUCAGCCGUGGGUCCAGCAAAGUUUCUUCCCAACAGUCGCUUCUGGUCAUGCUUAAAACAGUGAAUUCAACUCUCACUCACUCACUUGGACAUAAACAGUGUUUUGGUGUUUAAAAACUGGAGACAGAAAAGAAGAACUUGUGUUCGGCCUGCAGCUCUUUGCUUGAAGAGUCACUCACCUGCUCCUCGUGUUUGUUUUCUGCCGGCUUGUUUAUGUUUUUUUGCACUUCAAAGACGAGACUCAGUUACAGUGGAUUUGAGUCUCUAAGGCCUUGUUCAGACUGCCAAUCCAAAUGUUUUCUUAUUUUUCCUAAGAAGAUUUUAUCUAGACUGGGGGGGGGGGGGGGGGGGGGUGGUUAUGUGAAAUGGGAUUUGUGUGUAGAAUAGAUGUAAACCACAUUUGAAAGUGGUUUGAAAUGUUACUGUUAUCUGAUUUCCACAGAUACUUCUCACUAGUAACACGUAACACUCCAGGCGCUCAAAUUGGAUAUAUUUGAGUCUUUCGGCUUACUCGCAUCAUGGAAAACAAAUCAAAGAUGCCAAACAAGAACAAACCAUUCCCAGGCUGCAUUCGAGUGGCUGUGCAGAAAGACGUAGAAUCCAUACUGUGGUUACUAUAUCGUGUUAAUGUUAUUCUGCAAAAACGACACCUGCAUGGUCACCAAAAAGUUCAAAAAGUCUGACUUGAAGAUCUGGUUUUGAGAAAUCAGAUGUGCCUGCACUCUGAACAAAGCCCGAGGUACAGAGAUGUGUGAAUGUGUGAGUCACUGCCUUGAAAAUGUUUGUUAUCUCUCAAACCUUUUGGUGACGAGCUCCUGCCAAACAUUAAGUUUAAAGAAACAAGUACGGUGGCCCUGAGGGUUCAACACACACAGCAAACACAAAUAGACACAACGCAAACAAAAGUUGAGUAACACAUCCACAAAUAUAUUUAAAUAUGCUGCAUUGUGUUGUCUAUUUGAUGUGCACGUCUCCUUUAUUUGAUGACAUUGUUUGCGCGUGCUCUCUGUGGUUGCAGUGUGUGGAGGUCUCAGGGCCACGAUGUGUUGGGUGCUUAAAUGAACGAGGAUUAAAGUGGAACAGUGAGUUUAGAUGAGGCCUUUGUCACAUGUGGAGGUGUAUAAAUAUGUUGUAUUUUUGUGUCGCUAAGUGUUUGAGUGUGCUUUUUCUCUGCCAAGGCAAACCACUAAGCAUUUUAGCGAUAUUUCUUUUAGCUGUCUCUGCUAACUGAAUUAGCGUCUCAGAUUCAAAAGAUAGUUGGGAAUAAUUAUUCAUGGUUUUGUAAUUAGACAAGUCAUUGUUCUAGUAACAAAUGGGAACCUAGAGGAGGCAGGCAAUGAGGCCUUUUUGUGAUUUUUAUCAUCAUUUAUGAUAACAGCAAGAAAGCAAGCUAAGGUUAGCCAGUUAGCUUGGCUCUGCCUCCGCUGUGUAGAUGUGGCAUUAGUUGUUUCUUAAGGUUAGCUGAUAACAUCAUUUUUAAACGGUAAGCUACAACAUUUACAGGUCAGCGAGGGGAUGGGUAAGGUACCGUAACUAGCCAUUCCUGAGCUAAGCAAGCUACCUGUCUUAAGCUAACAAUGUCACAAGAAAGUCUCCUCAUUUCACAAAAUGACCCUAAUAUUCCCCCCUUUGUAGUCCAUCACAUCCGAGCUUGGCCAGAACAGCUUCACUGGAUUUUCGAGCCUUGGGUUGAAGAGUGUGUGUGUGGUGGCUGCCUGCCCAUUGUUGACAUGACUGGAUUGAUUCCACUUCUUAGCUAACAAAAGCUAGUGUUGCGCAGUGUUUGUUGCGUACCUUUGUGACACGCUCUGCUGUUUGAGCGUGUGCCAAAGACGUCAACGGAUACAAAAUAAAUAACGGCGUCGGCACGUGCGAAAGGAUGUCAUCUGAACAUGACGGAAACAGUCGUACGUGCUGAGAAACACGGAGUACGUGUUGGGGCGUAAGAUGAGAUCUCACGCGUGACUGCACAAGAUGUGGUUAAUAUGGAGAGUCUGCACCUGUAACACCAACACUUCAAGGUGACACUUUGCAUCUUCUUAAAAGUCAUCUUUGGAAAAAAAAAAACAUGCACAUAGUCCAUUUAUGUCAAACCUUUGAAAACCCUUUAUGUAAACCUGAGUGUUACAAGUUGUGGAUCAUGAACCAUUGCUGCUGUAUCUUAGCCUUCUCCAAAGUAAACAGAUUAUUUAAAUGUUAAACUUCUCUACACAGGUAUUUCAAUUAAAUAAAUCAAAUCGCACCAAACCCAAACAGUAGCCUUUUUUUCCCCAGCAUCAAGUGUGCAGUUGUGGUUUGUUUUGCACUUUAGAGGGAUUUUAAAUGUCUCUUCUUUUGUUAAUCCUCUGAAGAAGGACGCAGUGACAAAGGUACUGUGGUCAAUAACAGUGAUCAUGGCGAUUGUAAAAACGGAUGUUAAGGAAAUGAUAUCUGUUUUGAGUCCGUGUUUAAUUUUUUCAAUGAUGUUCCGCGGCAGCCUUACGUGUAACAGUAUGUGUUUGUUGAAAACAUACUGAGACUGACAUUUCUUUUACUUUCUCUGAAAACUGUGAUGAUGUGUUUCUCCAGAGGCUGCUGGACGACGCCAUUAAACUAAGUUUUAUCUGUAAUCAGACAGUUUUUUUCCCCCCCUCAAGCAGGUCUGCUUCAUGAUCAACAUUAUGCCUUGUGUCAAAUGUCAAGUGACUUGUGAUUUGAUGAUUUUUUAAAACAGCUUGGCAGCACUCUUAUCUGCAGGUUAUAGUUUAUAUUCACGUUGCCUAUCCGAUUAUCAUGUUUAUAAUUUCAAAUAUGAUAUGCUUUAAGAAGAAGAAGAAGAAAAACAGACAGUUUCCUGCAGGUAGAAUUGGAAAAAAAAUGGCAUAUGCUGCAAAAUUAAACCCCCUCAAAAAUUGACAAAAUACAAAUAUUUAAAUGUCUUAAUGUGUUAGACUUCAUCAUUGUUCAUUUUGUAAAAUUUUUGCUUUUGAUGCAGAGAAUUAAAAGAUUGAAACCACUCUGAAAUUCAGUAUCUCAAUAAACUAUAGAUUAUCUAUGGAUUAACAAAACAACAUGGAAAUUUGUGACUUUUAAAGAUGCUGGUAGAAAGACUUAGUGACCCUUUGACAGCCAGCUGUUUACCACUGCUUCCAGUUUGUAUGCCAAGCUCUGCUAACCAACGCUGCAUCCACAUUCAUAUCAAAGUUUAGACUUGGGUGAGUGGAGUCAAUCUGCUGUUUUAAGAAGGUGGACUGUGCUUUAUGUCAGGCUAUAUGAAGGACAAAUAACUGCUGAUUUAUGACUGAAUCCUAAUUUCUUCAAUUUUUCUUUUUCUUUUUUUUUGAUUGUGAGCUGCUUCAGUUUUUUGGACAAACCAGCACAGAUAUUUCAUGCCUUAAGUGUCUCUGCACGGAGUAACAUGUGUGGUUGCAUCCAACUUUUCAUUGUCUAGAUAAAAUAAAGAUAUUUUAAACCGA